AUGAUAGUGGUUCUGCCAAGCUUUUUCGCCUCCAUUUUCGGAUGUAAUUGGAGUCGGGAUCCUUCUAUUUACCUCGGGUUUCCCUUGGGAGCUAAGCCGAAUGGAGUUAGGAUUUGGGAACCUCUCGAAGCCAGCUACAAGAAGAAUCUCCAAGGAUGGAAGGGGAGACAUUUGUCCUUUGGGGCUCGGUUGGUUCUGAUUAAAUCAAUCCUAUCUAGCAAACCGGUUCAUCUCUUCUCUCUACUCAAAGCUCCCAAAGGUACCAUUAACAGACUUGAACAAAUCCAGAGGCAAUUCUUAUGGCAAGGGACUGGGAUCGAUUUCAAGAGUCCCUUAGUUAGAUGGGAGGUGUGUAAGGCCUCGAGGAACAACGGUGGCCUCGGCAUUAUUGACCUUGCCAGUUUUAACAGUGCUUUACUUGCUAAAUGGGCCUGGAGAUUUUCCGCUGAUCGUGAUAGUUGGUGGAAGAGUCUCAUUUCUAUCAAGUAUCCCAACUCCUUGUCCUCUUGGCAGCCUGGUCGCAUUCAUGGUGGUUAUUCGAAAUCAGUCUGGUCCAACAUUUGCAGAGAUUUUGAUAAAUUUUGGAAGCUGGCUUGCUUGGACCCUGGUAGCGGGUCUGACGUUUCCUUUUGGCAUGAUUAUUGGUGUCCCGGUAGCACCCUCGCCUCUAGAUACCCCCGUGUUGCUGCUGCCGCCUUACACCCUGCUGCCCGGAUCUCUGAUCUGCACCACUGCUCAGGUGAGAAUGUAGGGUGGGUUAUUCCUUUAAAUUGUUCUCUUCGGGGGGGUGCUGAGCGAGAGCGGCUUGAACUCCUAAAUUUUCUAAAUUCUUCUGCUGCUGGUCGCAUAUCUAAUGGUCCCGGUAGGCUGGUUUGGCUCCCAAAUCCAGACUCUGGUUUCUCUGUUUCUUCUAUGUACAGGACUCUGGUGGAUGAUCUUUUUCCGGGUGUUGCUAACUACCCCGUUGCGUCUAUCUGGAAGGCUAUUAUCCCAACCAAGGUGUGUUUCUUCCUAUGGACUUUGUCGCAUUUGAAGCUGCGCACGAUUGACAAGUUGAAGAGCUGGGGGCUAAACCUGGCGAACAGGUGUGAUCUUUGCAAAUGUCAAGAAGAGACCGCUAACCAUCUAUUUGUGGAUUGCGCCUUUGUCCGAGAUGUUUGGAGUGGCAUUACCAGAGCUUGCCCACUCGUGGAGCCGCCGCGUGGAGAUAUUGUUACGGUUCUUCAGUCUUGGCCUUCGGAGGUUCCGGAUAAUGUGAACUCCUGGUUUUCCUUUACUGCGCUUCACUCAGUCUGUUGGCACGUCUGGCGGGAGAGGAAUCGACGCAUUUUCAAUGAUUGCAGUAGCCCCGCCAGAGUUGUUUCCAAAAAUGCGUGUAAAGAGGUUAUUGAAUGGAUUUCUGCUCAUAACAAGGUGGAUAGAUAUAUUUGUUCUCAAUGGCUCAACGAGAGAAUUCAGAGGAUCUGA